AUGAAUCAAAACCGAAAUCAACAAUUACAAGCUCAACAAUAUAAUCCAAGAUCAUUCAAUUUACCAGUCGAUCAGAAUAUUGAUUAUAUAUAUACUAAUUGGGAGCAUUAUAAUGAGUAUUUUAUAAAAACAUUCAGAAGUUUAGCUGCUUUGCAACAAUGUCAAGAAGUAUUAGUAAUCGGCUUGCAACUAUUAGCAGUUCUGCCCAGUGCGUACAAAUGUACACACAAUGAUAGAUGUGGGGCUAUGUUAAUCACAAAUUAUAUUGACUUGAAGAUACUAAUCACAAGUAAUCAUUACGGUCACCAAUGCGUCCUAAAUGAAAACUUUCAGCAACACUUCUUGGCGUUCCAACAAGGUUUUUUAACAAACAAAAAUUAUUUGAAUCAGCUUAUCAUCAACAAACAGACCAAUUUAUUACCUGAAUCAACUGAAAACCUUAUUGAGUUUCUUCGUCAACAACUACAACUUAGCUACUUGAAUUAUAAUAACGUAACAAGACAGAAUUAUUUUAUUUUUUAUUCUAAAGAUUUAUUAGGAAGUACAAUGAAACAGGAUUAUGCUAUUAGCUUCAUGUUCUUAGAAGAUUUUUCUAGAUGUUACAUUAUCUAUAACGAAAAUCAUUUGGUCAUAGUUGUAAUCAACGGUGACAACCAUAAUCUUAGGGAUAUUAUACAACACCAUAUUGGUUACAAAUUCUAUAGAAUCUUAUUGGCAGAGCCUGACUUACAAAUUUUAGAAUUUGAUCAUAAUUUGAGUAAUGUACAUGUAAAUAAAGCCAGUUUAUAUCAAUAUUUUCAACUACCAGGAACUGCAAUUGAUGAAUUGAACAGAAUGAUGACUUUAAAACAAUUCAAAAGUUGUUUAGAACGAAAUGUUGGUAGAAAUUCAAUUGUUAGAAGAUUUUAUGGUUUUUUUGAACUUAAUAAUGAAGCUGGUGUGGGGGACCAACGUGAAGUCAAAUUUUUACCCUUUUACAAUUUAUCGUUAGUCAAUUGUAAAAAAAGCUUUCAAAUAUUUUAUAUUAUAAAAUCAUUUACUUAUUACAAAAAUCACUAUGAAGAUAUCCCAACUAUUAGAGAAAAUAUUAUGCUCCAUAGUCAUAAUUCCGAUAUAUCAAAUUAUAGUAGAGUUCAACAAAUAUGUGGACGCUUGGAAAAUGAAGAUCAUUUAAUAAUUGAUAUUUUACCAGAUGAGGUAAUCAACCAGGAAAUGCCAGACAAUAACAUGGAAAUUGAAGAAGAAGACAAUAAUGAUAUAAUGAUUGAUAUAUUAUCAGAUGAAGAACAUACAAAUGAAAUUGGUAAUGUGCCAGAUGCGGAAUCUACAAAUGAAAUGGAUAAUGUGCCAGAUGCAGAACCCACAAAUGAAAUUAUUACUGUGCCAGAUGAAGAAUCGACAAAUGAAAUUAUUACUGUGCCGGAUGAAGAAUCGACAAAUGAAAUUAUUACUGUGCCAGAUGAUGAAAGCAAUAAUAAUGAUAUAAAUUAUGAUGGGAGAAAUGAUGUUAUUAUUGAUAAUGGGAGAAAUGAUGUUAUUAUUGAUGAUGGGAGAAAUGAUGAUAUUGCUGAAGCCAACACCCAAAGGAUCUUUUUUAAUCCUUUCAAAGCAGCUAAAUAA